ACGGCCAAGGUUGAACUAAAACUGGAACUUUACCUUUUACUUUACCUAUGCGAAAACAUUCCUAAAUAAUUUAGGACCAAUUAAAACAAUAUCUAUCCACAACGAUCAGAAAUUAAAUUCUCUUGUGACAAACUAGUGAUAUCAAAAUGAUGAGUGCAGUUCUCCGAGAAAUUGUAAUAAAAGGAGCCCUUGAAAAGAAAGAAGAACGGGAAUACAGAGAAGUUUGUCCAAAACAUGAGCACUUUGAAUUACUUGAUUGGGAGUUAAAUUUACCUCUGGAAAGAAGAAUUAGAUAUGAAGAGAUGGCAAGUAGUGGAUUGAAUGGUUUAUACAGACCAAGAAGUGCUUUGGCUCGCGCUAUGUAUGAAAAACAUAGAAAUGAUAGAUAUCUGCAAGAAUUUGAUCAAAAUGAGUGGUACCAAGUAGACAAGAGCAAGCUGUCGCCUGAACUUCAAGAGAAGUUCGUGCAGCUGCAUCCAGAUAAGGAGACGCAGGAGUUCCUUUCCACCUCCAUCGACAAGUCUUCCUGGGUCUGGACCCAGCUCUGGUACAUCCUAGCCAAGUCCUUCUUGAGGCACUUCUGGACUACAACAGACAUCAAUGGGUGGCUCGGUCGUGGUUCAAUGUUCGUGUUAUCCUCAGCACAGACCAAAACACUGCUGAGCCGCGCCCGCGCAGGCCGAAGCGGCAUCGACAAGCAAUCAACGCUGGUCGAUAUCGGCGCAGGAGACGGUGAAGUAAGCCGUAGAUACGCAGAUCUGUUUGGUACAAAGUAUGCCACCGAGAUAUCUGCCUCUAUGAGGAAAGUGCUUAGUGGCAAAGGGUUUACUGUGCUAGACGUGGAAGACUGGUGGAAAGGUCAAAAGUUCUCUUGUGUGUGCAUGAUGAAUUUGGUAGACCGCUGCAUGAGACCACGGACUAUGCUGCAGCAGGCCAGGGAAGCGCUCACUCCAGACGGACUGUUGUUGCUGGCUCUUGUAUUGCCAUAUAAGGCGUAUGUUGAAGCGACAUCGGACCAUAAGCCAGAAGAGAGACUGCCCAUAACAGGCAUCACAUUCGAAGAACAGGUCUCCUCGUUUGUGGAGUUCAUGCGGGGUUUGGGCUGGGAGAUCGCCAGUUGGUCCAGAGUUCCAUAUCUUUGCGAAGGAGACUUUGCCCAGGCCUAUUACUGGCUUGACGACUCUAUAUAUGUCUUUAGACCAAUUGAAUCUUAAAUCACCUUUCUAUCCUAUAUUUAUACGCGUUUAAAUCUAUGGAAAACUACUUGAAGUGGUUUUGCACAGAAUUUUCAAUGUACAAAACGUUCACCUGUCUCUUUUCAUCACAUCGUUAAAGACAAUUUGACGGAAAGAGACAAAUGAAGGCUUUAGUGACUGUAUUUUUUGAAUAAGGGUUACACACUGUCUUUAAUAACUAUUUUGUAGUAGAUUUGUAUGCAACUGGUGCCAAUAUAUAGAGCAGCGCACAAACAGUACAAACUAAAGUGGACAUUCCAAUUAAUUAAGACACUGAUUAUAAAAAAAUCUUUCAUUUUGAAUAAAAUAAUCAGAUUAUUCUGCUGUGAUUUCGUCUAGGUUCGAUAAAAAAAAUGAUAUUAUUUUUAUGGAUAUUGCAUUACACAGGUAUACGUUAAUAAUACGUACACCUAUACGUAUACGCACGUAUUAGUACGUAUACCACUAUAAACGCUACUUCUUCUAUGAAGCAAUUUUAACUAAUUUUUCAGUUCAUCCCUAGACGUCACUACCUCAACCUGAUAAAGUACAUCGAAUACCUGAUCAAUGACGAGUAUUUUAAAAGAUUAUCUUAGUAAAUUGGGUAAACUUACAUUAUUGUACUUAUAUUCUUCAUCGAUGUUUAAAAUUAAGCACUCAAACCAUUGCUUGUUGUGAAACUAAGAUAAUUAAAAUUCUAGAUGUGAAAAUAUUUGUUUUGCAUGAAUGUUAAAUUAUUUGAAUGUCUUCACUGUUUGGCAUUUGACUUUAAAAUUCCUAUUACAUUGAGGCAAAGAUUAACAUUCUUAUAAAAGUACUAGAAGUGUUUUCAUAUUCAAUUAUUAUUUAUAAGUUCAAUAGCUAUUUGCGGAGAAACUGUUUAAUAAGAUUUGAUAUGAUCAAAUGUGGUCAUCACAUUAGUAAUUUCAUAAAAUGGAAUUUUUAAGAAUAUCUGAAUGUUUCUUAGAUUUAUCAGAUCUCAUAUGUUACUCACCUUCGUACAUCCUAUAAACAUUGUAUUUUUAAGUUACAUUAUAUGCUUAUUGUUAUUUCUUUAUGCGUAAUGUUAUAAUCAUUCCUUAUUUCAUAGUUUUAUUAAUACUAAUCUGUCAAUUAUUUAAGCCGUGUAUGUGUAGUAGUGUCAACUGUCGUUCUCAAGUUUUUGAAAAUCUAUUUAUGUGGAAUCAGUUUAAUAAAUUUAUAUGUACCUUA